AUGAACCCCAGCCUUGUACCCCGCAUCUCAACGCGGGGCAUCCUCCACGUCCACUCUUUCAGCUUCAAGCCCACCUCCACCCAUCGACCCUUCCAGCUCCAGCCACUUUUCCACCAGAUCGUAAAACUCAGCACAUCCUCUAUUCUACUCGAAGUAAAGAACUCCAAUCUGUCACCCAAGGAAGGACAAGGUCAAAAACCUAUAGCUGAAGCAGCUCCAGGCGAGAAUGCUUCGGCAAAUCCAAAUCCAAAGCUGAAGACAGAAAAUGAGGGGGCAGCUGGGAAUGGAAGUGGAAGGGAAAAGGAGAGUGGUAGAGGGACAGGGUCGUCGGUGAUCUUCUGGAUAGGAGGGUUUGCGGUGAUAUAUGGGGCUUGGAGGUUAGAAAGGAGGUUCUGGAGGGGAGAGGCGCAGCCGAGGCUUGGUGUUUGA